CAGGUCAGAAAUUUUGAUAGCAAAGCAAGUAGCUUUGCCCUGUAUAGUUUUCUAAAGGGCAAUAUCCAAGCCAACAGAGUCACAGUCACUCACAUCACACAAGCCAUAGCUUCAGCUCCACAGCAAAAACAACAAGGAAGAUGCGUACGCUCACUCCCGUCGCUUCCUAUCCUCUAUGCCCAAUUGUUUCAUUUGAAUUGUGUCGUCAAGCAUCAAACAAGUUAUUCUUUCCUUGCAAUAUAAGCGAGAAGCUUGCUAAAGCAAGCAGGGUGCAUAAGACAUAUCAAAUCAAGGCUGGAUUUUGGGAAUCCAUUAAAUCUGGUAUUUUAAACAACAACACAACACAAGUAGUAGAACCCCCCUCCAUGCUUCCAGAGGAGGAAGAAGAACCUUUGCCUCAAGAAUUUGUUCUCAUUGAAAAGACUGAACCAGAUGGAACAGUUGAAGAAAUUUUAUUUUCUUCUGGUGGAGAUAUUGAUGUGUAUGAUCUUCAGGCCCUUUGUGAUAAGGUAGGCUGGCCUCGGAGGCCACUGUCGAAACUAGCUGCAGCUUUGAAAAAUAGCUACAUGGUAGCCACGUUGCAUUCAGUUCGGAAAUCACCUGGAUCAGAGGGGAAUGACCAAAAGAAGUUAAUUGGCAUGGCUCGAGCUACAUCAGAUCAUGCCUUCAAUGCUACAAUUUGGGAUGUCCUUGUUGAUCCUGGUUAUCAGGGCCAAGGCCUCGGAAAGGCCCUUGUUGAAAAGCUUAUAAGGGCUCUUCUGCAGAGGGACAUUGGAAAUAUUUCACUGUUUGCAGAUAGUCAAGUUGUGGAGUUCUAUCAAAAUUUGGGUUUUGAACCUGACCCAGAGGGCAUUAAAGGGAUGUUUUGGUACCCAAAGUAUUAGUCAUCACUUAGAAAAAGUUCAAGUAUGUAUGUGCUUUUAUCAUUGGUUUAGCGCUGCAAUUUGUGUACAUGACAUGCGAACACUUACAUUCUUGAGAGACCUGUUACAGGGAAAGUAUGUCUGGAAGUGUAGGGUUUACUUUCAAGCACAGUCUGUCUGGAAGUAUAGUUGCUUCAGAAUUCUAAAGUUGAAAGUAAAUAAGGUGUGAUUGGUUUGCUCUUUUAAACUAAGGUAAUUGGAUGCCUGGAUGGCCAGUUUCAGAAUGUCAA